CCAUUACAGUGGAAUCUGCCCUGCUUGGAUAUUCCACUCUGCGUUGCGGUUCAAGAGAUUUAGAAGCAGGCAAAUACACUCAGACACAGACAGAACAGAGGAGGAUUCAGUAGGAGAUCAACUGAAAAGGGAUAUACUCUCCAAUCCUCAUUCUUUCUGAUGUGUAAUGAGAUGUCUGCAGCCAGCCAGCCAGCCUGUGUGCCGUGCAGCAGCAGCAGCAGAGACGAAAGGAGCAGGGAGAAACACGUACAGUACAGCAGCUAGAGGCAAAAUGGCUUUCACAGCCUGCUGAGGGAGUGUGCUGUGCAUAGAACCUUCUCCUGCGGAUCUGGACUCUAACAGGGAUCGAAGAAGGGAAGAGCUUGCUUCUCAAGUGUUCUAGAUCAGAGGAGAUCAGCUCCAAUGAGUGUACUUGCAGCAGCACAGAAAGCAGACAACAACAGUGAAAUGCAGUCGCCUGCAGUGUCUCCUUCCUUCCUCCCCAGCCAGCCAGGAAAGAUUCCCGGCAGGAAGAGAGGGAGACCCCCACUUCAUCGCAAGAUGGAUUUUCCAACCCACUACCCUGAUUCCCUUCCUCCUCUCAAAGUUCCCAAGAAGAGGGGGAGAAAGCCUGGCUUCAAGCUGAAGCCCAGGAUGGUGAUGACUCCCCUGGCCAUCUCUCCUCCCAGCAGCACCCCAGAACCAGACAUGAGCUCCAUCCCCCAGGAUGCUGCGACCAUCCCCCACUCUGCCACGCCCCAGGUGCUCACAGUGUGUAUCUACAUCAACAAGCAAGCCAACAUGGGUCCUAACCUGGAUAGGAAGAAGCUGCAGCAGCUCCCAGAUCAUUUUGGACCUGACAGGCCUUCCGUGGUGCUGCAGCAGGCUGUCCAGGGGUGCAUCGACAGUGCCUUCCAGCAGAAAGCUGUGUUCACUCUCCUCACACAGGGCUACGGAGGAGAGAAAAUAUCAGCCACCUUCGAUGGGAAGCAGCACCUUCUGAGUCUGCCUGUGGUCAACAGCGUCGGCUACGUGCUACGCUUCCUCAAGAAGCUCUGUCGUAGUUUACACUGUGAAAACCUCUUCAGCGACCAACCAAUCACCCAGCAUAAUGCCUCCUACCAAUCAGAGGCUGAAACCUCCAUGCCAGAGGAGUACCUUCUGGACCCGUCAGACAAACGCUACUCAAUGGACCCAGGUGACUCCGCCUUUAGUGCCAUAAGCUCCUCCUACUCAUCCAAACCGUCCUAUGGGUUUCGCUCCUCGCAGCAAUUCCCCAACAGCUCCUCCCCCAUGGGCAUGUGUAGACAGACGUCUAGUCCAAAUACUUUCCUGGAAGGUAACAGGAUAGCGUACAAUCCAUCUCAGGACUCCCAGGAGUCCAAGGUUCCCCCCAGUAAGGACCCUUCCACCUGGAGUGUAGAGGACGUGGUGUGGUUCAUCAGAGACGCUGACCCCCAUUCCCUGGGCCCUCAUGUGGACAUAUUCAGGAAGCAUGAGAUAGACGGCAACGCGUUGUUACUUCUAAAGAGUGAGAUGAUCAUGAAGUACCUAGGACUGAAGCUGGGGCCAGCCCUGAAGCUCUGCUAUCACAUCGACAAACUAAAACAAAACAAGUUCUGAAUCUGAACAUUUUUUCACUUCAUCAAUCUGUGGGACCCAACUUUGUGGAUGCCUCCCAACUGGCACCUUUAUAUAGUGCACUACUUUUGACCAGAGCACUAAGGGUCCUGGUCAAAAGUAGUACACUAUAUAGGAAAUAGGGUGCCAUUUGGGAUGCUAUAUUUUACUAAUUAUUUAGCAUUUUCAGAUGCUAUGUAGCUAAUGAAAAAAAUGUAUUCUGACAGAAUACAACGUUUUGGGAUAUUCUAGUUUUGAUGUUGAAAUAACUUUUUGGUUUAUACAGAUGACACAAUAUGCAAAUUCUGGAAUGCAUAACUGAUACACUGGCAGACAAUAUUGGGAAAAGUAGACUAUAUUACUUUGAGGAUACAGUUGUCCCAUAAAUGAGUUUAUAAUGUGCCCAAAGCAUAUAGCAAGACACAUUUAUGAUCUGUUGAGAAAUGUGAAUUAUUUUAGAUAAACUAUUAUUUAUACUUGGUCUUCUAAAAACGUAGUUAAGGCCUCACAAAUGUGUGAUAAACAGAUAAAAAUUGUCCCAUAUUGUUUUGAUUCUAUACCCUCACAAAAGUUUAUUUGAAUGUGUCAUAGGGUUGAAGCUACAGACACAGUUCCACAUAAUGGUUUUUCAAGUUCUAUACACAUCAAUGUAAACUCAUAUUGUGAAGCAUGUGAUUAGAAACAGGAAUUUAAGCCCAUGUUAAACAUUAUUAAACUGUUGUUUUUUUACACAAAAUAAUGUCAACUAAACUCAGUGCAGAAAUACAAAUGACUUUGCAUAUUGUUUUACAUACUAUUUUGAUAGAAUUGUCAAAAAAACAUGUUUGCGCUCAAAUACAUGACAAUGAGCCAUUUCUAGUUGAAUAUACCAGAUUGUCAAAUAAUUAUCAUCGCCAAGACACCUCACAAAUUCAUUGAAACUUGAUUGUGUGGAUAUUUACUAUAUAAAUGUUUUACUAUGUUAUCAUUGUUGAAACAGAUUUGGAGCAUAAGGGAUGACAACACUCACCGGGAAAAAUGUCGAAGGACCUACAGUAUUGGGUUAUGAGGCCAUAUAGCAUUGCUUGUGUGUGCCAGUUUGGCAGUAUGUGUACAUUUUAGUAACCAGUGUAUGUGAAUGCUGCUGUAUAUGAUUACAUGUUAGCCAUGCCAAGUCAAAUCAAGCUGGGACGAUGUCUUUUAUUUUGAAAAUCAUGUUGGAAAGAUGUACUGUAAGUCAGAGAAUGACCAAUGUAUGGAUGAGUUUACUUGUACUGGUGCUAAAGAAAUUCUCAAUGUAUUGAAUAUCUCAUGUUUGCUUUUGUGUUGUGAGUUUUAAAUGGAAAACACUCAAAUGUGUGUAUUUAACCUGGCUGUGUAUCCUAAGUAUUAAAUUAAGAAAAUAUUAAGGGGACAAGGUAUGGUUUGAGGAGCAUCUUUCUUUGUGAUAUCAACCAAUUUACGGAAUGAAAUGAAGCUUAGGAUUCAUGGAAAAAUAAGAAUUAAACGUUACCAAAUGUGUCCACAUGGUGACACAAUCAUAUGU